AUGGAAAAAUUCCAGUCUUCCAUGCGCAAACGGCUGUACAGCUUGCCGCAAAACAUUGGGCAAAAACCAUUCGUGAUUGACGAAGGAGACAACGGCGACAAGGACACUAAGAGGAAAAGUAUUCGGCUAAAACAUUUGUCCUCUCCGUCUCCAGCAAGCAGUUGCAAGAGCAUUGAGGAGGCCAGGAGCGAAGACUUGGAAAGGGACGUUACUGUGAAGACCAACUUGAACGGGGACUGUCGCGUAUUUAGAGGAAGCAUCUCUUCCAUCACCGGGCGGCAUCCUCCCGGGUCAGAUCCAGCGGAACAGCGGCGCCUCAUCCCCGAGGCGGAUGUCGGUGUGAGCGAGAGUUUCCGCGGUGAACACGGCCCCGGGGCCCAGCAGCGGGCAACGGGUGGUCUGGGUGGCGCAGCCGGGCAAGCAUCUGUGUUUGACCAGUCAAGUUUCAUCAAGUUGGAGGGUGCCGAACAAAUAAUACCCGAAGAUGACCGGCUCUACCAAGCCGGUUUCAUGCACCGGCAGUUUGGGGCAAUGCUUCAGCCGGGUGUCAACAAGUUCUCCCUGCGGAUGUUGGGGAGUGAGAGGGCCGUGGAGCAUGAGAGGGAACGAGUAAAGUCUGCUGGCUUCUGGAUAAUCCACCCCUACAGUGAUUUUAGGUUCUACUGGGAUCUGACCAUGCUGCUGCUGAUGGUGGGAAACCUCAUCAUCAUCCCCGUGGGCAUCACCUUCUUCAAGGACGAGCACACGCCGCCCUGGAUCGUGUUCAACGUGGUGUCGGACACCUUCUUCCUCAUGGACCUGGUCCUCAACUUCCGCACGGGCAUCGUCAAGGAGGACAACACUGAGAUCAUCCUGGACCCUCAGCAGAUCAAGAUCAAGUACCUGAAGAGCUGGUUCGUGGUGGACUUCAUCUCCUCCAUACCUGUGGACUACAUCUUUCUCAUUGUAGAAACACGCAUCGAUUCGGACUUUUACAAGACAGCCCGCGCUCUGAGGAUCGUCCGCUUCACCAAGAUCCUCAGUCUGCUGCGCCUGCUGCGCCUCUCCAGACUCAUUCGCUACAUCCACCAGUGGGAAGAGGUUUUCCAUAUGACCUAUGAUCUGGCCAGCGCCAUGGUGCGUAUCAUGAACCUGAUUGGUAUGAUGCUGCUGCUGUGUCACUGGGAUGGCUGUCUGCAGUUCCUGGUACCCAUGCUGCAGGACUUUCCUCCUGACUGCUGGGUCACUAGAAACAAGAUGGUGAAUGACACCUGGGGUCAGCAAUACUCCUACGCCCUGUUCAAAGCCAUGAGUCACAUGCUGUGCAUCGGGUAUGGCCUGUACCCCCCUAUCGGCAUGGCUGACGUGUGGCUCACCAUCCUCAGCAUGAUUGUGGGCGCUACCUGCUUUGCCAUGUUUGUGGGGCAUGCAACUGCACUCAUUCAGUCUCUGGACUCCUCCAGGAGGCAAUACCAAGAGAAGUAUAAACAAGUGGAGCAGUACAUGUCCUUCCACAAGCUCCCGGCUGACAUGCGUCAAAGGAUCCAUGAUUACUACGAACACCGUUAUCAGGGCAAGAUGUUUGAUGAGGAAAGCAUUUUGGAGGAGCUGAAUGAACCGCUGCGAGAGGAGAUCAUCAACUUUAACUGUCGGAAACUGGUGGCCUCUAUGCCACUGUUUGCCAACGCUGAUCCAAACUUUGUCACCUCCAUGCUGACCAAACUGCGCUUCGAGGUCUUCCAGCCGGGUGACUACAUCAUCAGAGAGGGAACCAUCGGCAAGAAGAUGUACUUCAUCCAGCAUGGCGUCGUCAGUGUGCUGACCAAAAGCAGCAAAGACACUAAGCUCUCCGAUGGCUCUUAUUUUGGAGAGAUCUGCCUGUUGACCCGAGGCAGGCGGACCGCCAGCGUGCGAGCAGAUAACUACUGUCGUCUCUACUCUCUGUCAGUAGACAACUUCAAUGAGGUGCUGGAGGAAUAUCCCAUGAUGAGGAGAGCCUUUGAGACUGUGGCUCUCGACCGCCUGGACCGAAUCGGGAAGAGGAACUCUGUUCUUCAGCAUAAAGUCCAGCAUCACCAAAGUUCUGGCACACUAAACCUCCAAGAGAAUGAGAUCAUCCAAAGAAUAGUGCAGCACGACCGUGACAUGGCCCAGUGCACACAGCUGAUCCAGACCAGCACCACACAGAGCCUAAACCCUCCCCCUGCCCCCCCAUCACCCACCCCGGUCAUCUGGGCCCCGUUGGUUCAGGCCCCGCUCCAGGCUGCUGCAGCCACCACCCCUUUGGCUCUGGCCCUAGCCCACCACUCCCAGCUUCCUCCCAUCCUCUUCCACCACCCACUGGCACCGGGCUCUGGUUCUCUGAAGGACCCCACCAGCCAUCCAAAAAGAGUCCAUGUUGGAGCAAACACCUCCAGCAGCUGUGGUUCAGGGCCCGGUUCUCCUGCCAGCUCUACCAAAUUCCGCUUUGGGGUUGAGACCCCCACACUGGCGCCCCUCAGGACACUGCAUCUCUCCACUGGGCCUGUGUCGCCUACACUGACGUCCCAGCCCAUCUUCACCAGCAGCCUGCAGCCCCUGACUCCUCUGCCCACACACCAGCCCCCACCCCAUCCUCCCCACUCCGGCAUGGCCUCAGUCUUCCCCAUCAGCCAGGCCACUGUCUCCUACACCUGCGCUGCUCAGCUCCACUCCCAGCCCUUCCACGGUGCUAUGACCACCCCACCCCACCCGUUAGGUUUACUCCAGCAGGGGGCGCCAGGGAGGCUAGCAGGGAGAUUCCCAGCCCCCUCCGCCUCCACCAUAAGCCCUCUGAUCUCCAGCUCAGUCGGCCCCAUACUAAGCCACCUGCAGCAGGCCUCUCACGCCACCCUGCAACAGAUGGGGUCCAGUCAUGACAGAGCAGGCAGGACAUCCAGUGGUCUGAACCUCCCACAGUUUCCCUUCAUCACCAGCACCCAAUCCUCCAGUGGAUUUAUGCAGCCAGUGUCUGCAGUCGGAGCCGGAGCCGCUGCCUCUCUGGCCCAGCACAGCCUGGCAGGCCUCCAGUCUGUUUUCCUCCCCCAGGUUCUCCCCGAGCACUCGGCCCUCGCCUCUCUGGCUCAGUAUGGCUCUGCAGAGGCCUCACCCUGCUACACUCCUCCGGUCCACAGUCCCAGCAUACAAAGCCCUGCGAAGGGAAGGACAGUUUACCACAGUGAGCUCCCCAGCACCAUGGGUUCUCACAGCCCCCUAACCCCUCAGACCUCAUGCCCUGCCAGGGUGGACUGUACCCUCAAGGAGAGGGCAGAGUCCUCGGUGGAUCUCUUUACCCAGGAAAUAAAGACUAUCUCAGGCUCUCACAGCUCUAUACACCAGGAAAGGCCAUUGACCAUGAGCGGCGCCUCCAGGGGAGCAACAGGGGCAUCGAGCCCCUUCUCCUCCCCCUUGGCUGUCAGUAAACCCUACAGUCCGAUCCCGGGUCAUGCUACCCCCGUCAGUCGGACACAUUCAGGGCCUGAACCUCAGAACCAGUCUGCAAGUGUCCGUUCUCCCUACGCUAGAUCCCCCAGUAAGAUAUUAGAGACCGAACACAAACAGUCCAAACUGCCCUCCAACUUGUGAGGUUCAGACACACCCUCCUUUAAUGCCUGAACAAAAGGGAGAUCACCUCCUUCCUGGCAUUGUUUUAACCACUACUUUGUCAAAUUUUGAAGUGGGAGGGUGUGUUUUUCUAAUCAGACUGGAGAUCAGUGGUUUAAUUUUUAAUCAGAGUGAAUGGAUCAUGGAUAAUAAUGGACAAUGAUGGAUAUUUUUUCUACAGGAUAUUGUUUAUUUGAGUAUAGUAAUAAAUAAAUAAUAAAAGACGGAUAUAUAUAUAAGUAUAUAUAUAUAGCACCUCAUGAAAAUACCAGUCGUUGUAUGUAUUGUAUUAUAACCACACUUUGUGAUUAGUAUUUGUUUAAAAACCCAUUGUUCAUCAAUUUUCUGUAACCUUUUAGUGACACCUGUUUGGUUGGAAUUUUGUCCACAACUGUAUCCAGUUAUAAUUGAAACCAAAAAUUAUUGUCCUUAUUUUAUAUCCUUUCCCACUACGGAGUGUGUCAUGUGAAUGCAAGUUUACCUCUGAAGAGAUUUGAGGAGAGACAGACUGUGCACUUUGCUCGUUUCAGAGAUUACCUAAGGUGAAGGUUUGAUGACGGCGUGUCUUCCAAGAUAGCGUUUCAGCAAUAUUGCACACCCGAAUGGGUCACACCAAUCAGAUCACAUUCAAAAAACACUGAAAUAAUGAAUGUAAUGUAAUGUUUGUUUGUCUGAGUGGGAGAAGUGGGAUUCAUUUUGAAUGUGUUGAACAUGAAGGCGAUGAUAGUUUAUUUUUUUGUUUUUUGUUUUGAGAUGACGCACACAUUUCUGUUUUGUUACUCCCCCCUCCACACACACAGCUGCUUUGGCAUGUGUUGAGUCGCACAACUGAUGCCAACUCAUUUCUGUCCGACAAUAACUUCGGUAAAGAGCAUACACCUGAGCCAGGGUUUGUGUGCCACUAGCAUAGUAUGCAAUAAUCUGUGUUUUUUUUUAUGGGUAUACAAAGGUACUGUGAAUUGAAGCACUUGAUGAGUGAGAUUCUGUUUUUAGUUAGAACAGAUUAAAACAAGAAAAUUAAAUAUAUUAAAAAGCAAUUGUGGAUAAUCAAACAUCCUGAAACCAGCGAUGCACUAAGAUUGAUCUGAAUGUUUCUUGCACCAGUCAAAGGGCUAAAAGCUGUUACUUGGGCAAAUGGUUAAUAAGAAACCCUGAUGGGUCAUAUUGCUGCAUAUUUACCUCUUUCAUUGUACAUUAUUUGAUUGUAAAAUUUGACAUUUGAUGUUGAACAAUUGCUGCUUUGUGAUGCUAUGCUGAAUCAAUACGAUGUGUAUUACUGACUGCUUUUUAAAAAAAAAAAACAGACUCUUGAAUCCUACUAUUGUUAAUAAGUUCAUGUGUUUAGA